CGUAGCAUGCCCAUUUUCUAUUUCUACAUUUUUCCACGUGGUAGACGAGCUAGCGAUUCUUAGGAAAACUUCUCGGCUGUCGUGCUGUGUAGAUUCCACGUGGAAACUCUUCCAAGGAAUAAGCAGGAUUUAACGAUACAGUGCUAAAAAAAUAUCCUCACAUCAAUAUGAACACCAAUAUGAUUUUCCCUGUAAAAAAGAUAUGUGACGUAAAAGAAAACUCAAGCUAUAUUCUCAAACCACAGCAUGUACUUCCACUUUCUAACGAACAUGUCGGAGAACUGAUUCUGAAUGAACUUCGAUCUGCACCGAAUUUUAUUGGCCAGAUACAUGCGGUGACGGGACAAGCAACCACCUUCCAGGAAAUGAGAGAACGAAGUGUGAAGUGCGCAUUAUGGUUAAGAAAAGUAGGCAUUAGCUCUAACAAGAAAAUGGUAAUAUGUACGAAUAACAUAAUGGAAGCCUAUGUGCCAUUCCUAGCGGGUUUAUAUAACAAUAUUAUUGUGAAUAUUUGGGAUGUGAAAUAUUGCAACGAUAAUAUACGAUUGCUUUACUUUCUGACGCAAACUUGUCCAGACAUAAUCUUCAUCGACGAUAUUAAUGUAACAGUUUUACUCUCUGCUAUUUUGAUCUUACAAAAACAUAAUGUAAAACUAAAUAUUCAAAACAUUGUGGUCAUUGGAAAAUGUGAUCUGGAAGAGAAAGUCGAUAUCUUCGAGUCGAUUAUAAAUAAUGACUUUGAUGCAAAUGAGCUCGACAAAUUUGCAUGCGUCGAGUUGAAAAGUACAAUGGAUAUAGCGGUGCAAAUGUUUUCCUCUAAUGCAAUAAGCUAUCCCGGUAACGCGCAAAUUCCUUACGCAGCUUUUAUCAGCCCCUCAAAUAAUAAUACACCUACCAUGUGUCGUGAUGAGGUUGGUUUAUGGUUUGGUUCUCUAUGUUGGACUCAUAGUUUGCUGUUAACCGUUCGCUGUAUACUUUCACAUGUAACAGCGAUCAAGUACUUGUUAUUUUCUGAGGCUAUUAUGUAUCGAAUAAUAGAGAAGUACAAGGUGAAUUGGGUGUUCCUUGAAAGCAACAUGUGCUACAAGUUUUCUCGGCUACUACGUACUGCUGUAAAUCGGUAUAAUCUUUCUUCCCUGAGACAACUUUUAUUUGGUGACGUACAGAUCUUAAACUUUAUUCAGAAAUACAUAACUAACACACUGAACAAUGUUGUCAUCACUCAAGUAUACUGUACAUCAGAAGCAGGUGUAAUUGCAUAUCAACGAAGCAACGACGCGAUAGGAUCUUGCGGUUAUGUAAGUAACAAUGUUAAAGUGAUGAUCAUUCAUGAGGAGACAAGAAAACUAGUAGGCUCAAACGUUAAAGGUGAAAUUUGGUGCAAGACUCCAUGCAUAGCACCUAGUUCUGUUACAGGAUGUAAAUCCGACGUGUCGAAUGGAUGGUUUUAUACCGGAGACUUUGGUUACUACGACAAGGAUAAAAAUAUGGUCGUUUUGGAAAAGGUAAACAAAGUUAUUAAAUACGAAAAGCACUACCUCUACCCAUCAAGAAUAGAAAACAUAAUAAAGUGUCGUUUUCGAGAUGCCGUAUCCGACGUUGCUAUAAUAUCUCAUCCGUGUGAUCAUCACUGUCUUUUAGCAUAUAUUAAAAAAUCACCGAACUCAGAGGUGACACCAAAGCAACUAAUUGACCUGAUACUAAACAUUGAAACCAAGUGUCCUGCAAUUAAGAUAUACUUUCUUAAAUACGAUAUGUCAUAUCUUCCCAAUGGACAAAUUGAUCGAGCACGGCUUUGCAAACUACCAGUUGAAUAUUAAAAAACCGAUGUGACUUUGCACCUUAGAGCAUUGUAUUUGACUUUAUCGUAUUCACAUCUGUUUUCCCACUCUUUUCAAUUCCAUAGUUGUUUCUUGAACUUGAUAGAGAGUACAGAUCUCUCUGAGAUCGAUUGUGAUAUGUUCCUUAAAAGUAAGCAAAUUAAUAGAAAACGUGAAGAGUGAGAAGAUAUUAUUCUUAAGUAUAUCAUUAGAUAUAAACAAGUCAAUGUUUCAAGUACAAAAAAUC